AGCUCUUACCCAGUUCGUCAGUUCGCCUUCGUGUGUUCGAAUCUAUCUCGAAAAUUAAGUUUAUAUAUAUAUAUUUAUAUUAGAAAGAAAAUUUCAAUCUAUAAGAAUGGAAACUCUACUUCUGUUCAUCUUGACCUUCAUCGCCUUCACUGGCGCCGCCGAUGAUGAUGUCCUUCAGCUGGGCGACAAUGAUUUUACCAGCAUUUUGAAGCAACAUGAGACCACCUUGGUGAUGUUCUAUGCACCCUGGUGUGGUUUCUGCCGUCGUCUGGAACCGGAAUAUUCCAAAGCCGCUGGGAUGGUCAAGAGAGAUGAUCCGCCCAUUAAGUUGGCCAAGAUCGAUUGCACCGAGGCCGGGAAGGAGAUAUGCAACAAAUAUGCCAUCAUUUCGUAUCCCACAUUGAAGAUCUUUCGUCAGGAUGAUGAGGUCAAGGACUACAAGGGACCACGCAAGGCUAAUGGUAUUGCCGAAUAUAUGCGCAUUCAGGUGAAACCGAUGUUGUAUAAGAAAUCCAUACGAUCCAUUGAACAGUUGGCCAAGCUAAAGCGUCUAUCUGAGCUCCUGAAGAAGAAGGAUAUGUCAGCCGGGCACAAGGAUACCAAGUUAGUCAACCAAAUGCUAAAGAAUCGCUUGAAUGAAUUGUAUAACAAUUGAAGUGGGGGACGGAAGAAGAAGAAGGAUUUGUCUUUGUAUAUUUUUAAAGACUUUCCAAAAUGAUGUUCAAUCAAUUUCCAUGUAUUUUUUAAAGUAACUAUUAUAUUAAAU